AUGGGUCUCACAUUCUCCAAGCUCUUCGACAAGCUAUGGGGAAAGAAGGAGAUGCGUAUUCUCAUGGUCGGUCUCGACGCUGCCGGAAAGACCACGAUUCUCUACAAGCUCAAGUUGGGUGAAAUCGUCACCACCAUCCCAACCAUUGGUUUCAACGUCGAGACUGUCGAGUACAAGAACAUCCAGUUCACCGUGUGGGAUGUCGGCGGUCAGGACAAGAUCCGUCCUCUGUGGAGGCAUUACUUCCAAAACACCCAGGGUAUCAUCUUCGUCGUCGACAGCAACGAUCGCGACCGUGUUGUCGAGGCGCGCGAGGAGCUCCAGCGCAUGCUGAACGAGGACGAGCUCAGGGAUGCUCUUCUCCUUGUCUUUGCCAACAAGCAGGAUUUGCCUAACGCCAUGAACGCUGCUGAAAUCACCGACAAGCUUGGUCUCCACAGCCUCCGACAACGUGCCUGGUACAUCCAGUCGACUUGCGCCACGUCUGGUGACGGUCUGUACGAGGGUCUCGAGUGGUUGAGCAACUCCCUCCGCAAGGCCGGUCACCAGUAA